AGUUCAAAGGAGGAGGCGUGGACAGAACUUUUGUUACCUGUAUUAGAGUACCUGCAGCUACAUGGAAAGAAUUUAAGAUGUCGUCAAGGGAGAGGAACUGCAACCGAUGUGUCACGGCUUCAAUACAGACGAGAUUCUAUUGAAAAAGAGGACAUUGCACCGGGUGUAAAUGUACCUGGCGCUAGCAAGAACAAGUGAGAAUACAUAACUUGCCCUACUUUGAUACAAAGGACGAAAUAUAAGAACGCUUCACUCGAGAACUCAUCUUUCUCCUCGACCCCUCUCUCUCACUCUCAUAAGUGUUUCGUUUUUUAACACGCACGUUUUGGAUCAACAUCACUCUGCGACUCUCACCUGUGACGCGUUGACAAUGGAUUUCAGACGGCUAAAUAUUUCAAAGUGAAUGGCCAGUCCCAGAAGCGGUUAUGAUCAUGCACAGACCCCUCCGAAGGUGGAGUUUUUACGUCUUCUUGUGUUUUGGCAUCAUCUACUUAAGGCUUGGGGCCCUGUCUUCUGUGGUGGCAUUGGGUGCCAACAUCAUCUGCAACAAGAUCCCUGGGCUGGCCCCUCGUCAGAGGGCCAUCUGCCAGAGCCGCCCGGAUGCCAUCAUCGUGGUGGGGGAGGGCGCCCAGCUGGGCAUCAAUGAGUGUCAGUACCAGUUCCGCUACGGCCGCUGGAAUUGCUCCGCCCUGGGGGAAAGGACUGUCUUUGGACAGGAGCUGCGAGUAGGUAGCCGGGAAGCUGCGUUCACGUACGCCAUCACGGCCGCCGGCGUAGCCCAUGCCAUCACGGCGGCGUGUAGCCAGGGAAACCUGAGCCAGUGUGGCUGUGACCGGGAGAAGCAGGGUUACUAUAACCAGGAAGAGGGCUGGAAGUGGGGAGGCUGCUCGGCAGACAUCAAGUACGGCGUUGAGUUCUCCAGGAGGUUCGUGGACGCCCGCGAGAUCAAGAAGACCACGCGCCGGCUGAUGAACCUCCAUAACAAUGAGGCAGGGAGAAAGGUCCUGGAGGAGCGGAUGAAGUUGGAGUGUAAGUGUCAUGGCGUGUCAGGCUCCUGCACCACCAAAACCUGCUGGACGACCCUGCCCAAGUUCCGAGAGAUCGGCUAUGUCCUGAAAGACAAGUACAACCAGGCGGUCCACGUGGAGGUGGUCCGGGCCAGCCGACUACGCCAGCCCACCUUCCUCAAGGUGAAGAAGACCCAGGGCUACCGCAAGCCCAUGGAGACCGACCUCGUCUACAUCGAGAGGUCGCCCAACUACUGCGAGGAGGACGCAGCCACGGGGAGCGUUGGCACCCAGGGGAGGCUGUGUAACCGCACCUCGCCCCACACAGACGGCUGCGACCUCAUGUGCUGUGGCCGGGGCUACAACACGCACCAGUACACCAAAGUGUGGCAGUGCAACUGUAAGUUCCAGUGGUGCUGCUUCGUCAAGUGCAACACAUGCAGCGAGAGGACGGAGGUGUUUACCUGCAAAUAAAGGGGCAUGACAUAAUGGACCUACAGUACGGUACUAUGAUUGGGAGGGGCGUGGCAGGACUACCUGGAUGACAAGGAAGACCCCAGAGAAAAGAUAAAAGGACAUGUCUUGGAACAGGAAUAGUGAGAGAUUUAAAAAUAAAAAGGAAUGGAAUGUUCAAUAUCAGCUCUUCAUGGCAUCGUUUUGCACAGCAGAAUCUAUAUGAGCUUUUUAAAAGAAAAGUGAGGGCUAAAUAUCAAUAGAUAAUAAUACUAAAAUCUUUGACUGACUGAGACAGAAUAAUGUGUGAUCAUGUACUGAUGUAAAAGUUAUGACUACAGGAAGCAAAUGGUGCCUGGAUGGGAACUGUGCAUUGCACUCUGGGAUUUGUAGUUAUUUUUUUUCACAAAAUGGCUUCUUCAUGGAACGGAAAGACAGAGACAGACUCUGGAGAUGUGGUAGAAAAUGACAGUAACUGUUGAGGGAUGAGACUGGCAUGAGACUCUAAAAGUCUUUUAGUGAGAACUUUGAGUUUUACUUUCUUUUUCCACAGAGGGAGAGGGCAGAGGUGAAUAUUUGAGCCCCCAAACUGGAGGUGUUUUCUUUUUGGAGCUGUGUAGACAUGAAGAACGCUGUGUAAGUGUGGUGCCUUGGGGCGCAUUGAAAGUGGAGAAGUCUCUAUAGUAAGCCCUCUGCUGCCAACUGGAAUACGGUGGAGUAUGUUCGUUUUCCAGUCACACUGGAACUGUCUGUUUGAACACUGAAAAUAAAUUGUUUAUUUAUGUUAUAGUAUCUUAAAACAAAGCACUAACGGGUAGAAAUGUCUUUUUUUGUACUAAGUGUAAAAAUUACUUUUUAGAAAACUGACUGAAGAUAAUGCGUGUCUUUUAGAAUAUGGCCCUAUCCCACUAUUCCACUAUCAAUCCCCCUUUUUCUAAAAUGGUUUCAUUGCUACUGGUGUGUUGACUACAUAAAACAUCAACAAUACAGGGUAUUUUACAUCACAAUCAAUCACAUUGGUUCUAUUUUGCUGUAGCAUAGCUUUUGUUUGCAGUCAUUUAUGCAGCAGACGUUAGGCCUACAUCCUGUCUGGGUUAUUUAGCAUAGACAGUAGCAAGAGAACUCAUCUCUUAACCGCAAAGAUCCUUCCUCAAUUAUUUAAACAUGAUAUUGCUGGAUGUAUUGUAGAGUGGUGCACUGAUAUUAUUUUCUAUUCAGAAACGACCAAAAUUAAAAAGAAAUAAUCUCCCAUUUGACUGCUUUUUGAAAUUUAUUGCAAAGAAAAACAAGACUGCGAAUCAAAGAAAAACAAGACUGAUAGUCAGUGAGUGAAGUCUGCUGGUCGUGAGAGGAAAUGUUAGGUUUUAGCCAACAGUUUCGGUAAUUCACUGCUUCCAAAGCUAUGUUGGCAUUCUCAUCUGUAUUCAUUGGUUGUGGUUAAACUAUACCAAGUGUCAGGCUAUGUAGAAUUCCAUUGACGUAAACCAUCAGUAUACAUCACUGAUCAAAAGCAGUCAUUAUUUUCAGCAUCUUUUCAUCAUGCUUAAAGCUAGAAUAUUUAGUUGCAACAUCCAUUUUUGGACUUAUAAACUAAUGGUAUAUACCCAUUGAUUUUUGAAGAAUAUAACUUGUAAAUGCCUCAUGAGCUUAGUUCAACUGUGUCAUCCUAUCAGAAUCCCAAAUAUAAGCCUGUUUUACUCCAAUGUCUGUAAACAACGUAAACAAACACUGUGUAGCCUUAAAAUAUGAUUGAAACUAUAAUUUUGAUGUCUGGGAUGAUCAGUCAUUGCAUCCAUAGCUCUGUCUAUGAAUUUGAGAGUGGUUACAUUUCUCCAGGCCCAUCCAUCAACUUUUUCCCAAAAAGGAGGCGGGUGACCACUUUGGUAUAGUUUCAACAGUGGAUUUUAGCUGUAACCUUCAUAUGUUGAUAAGAGAAUAUUUGCUUUCUGCUUAUUUGAGAUUAUGAUGACCCAAGGUUUACCUGUCAGAUGGGCCAGUUUCUUUCUUGGCUAAUUUAUAUGCGUUCUAAUUUUGAUUAAAACCAUCGCAGGCAUGUUACUAUUUCUAGAUACAGUAUGAACUCAGCAGCAAGGGGACAAAUGCGUGAAAAUGAUCCAAACCAUCUCUCAAACAGUUUCUCAUAAUAUUACUAAUACACAUUUAGCCACACCAAAACAAACAUAAUGAAAAACUCAUCCUGAAUCAGUUAUUUCAAACCUCUUUGGCAGAAAACCAUACAGUUGAAGACGGAAGUUAACAUAUGCUUAGGUUGGUGUCAUUAAAACUAAUUUUUCAACCACCUCACGCAUUUCUUGUUAACAAACUAUAGUUUUAGCAAGUCGGUUAGGACAUCUACUUUGUGCAUGACACAAGUAAUUUUUCCAACAAUUGUUUACAGACAGAUUAUUUCACUUAUAAUUCACUGUAUUACAAUUCCAGUGAGUCAGAAGUUUACAUACACUAAGUUGACUCUGUCUUUAAACAGCUUGGAAAAUUCCAGAAAAUUAUGUCAUGGCUUUAGAAGGUUCUGAUACAUAAUUUGAGUCAAUUGGAGGUGUACCUGUGGAUGUAUUUCAAGGCCUACCUUCAAACUCAGUGCCUCUUUGCAUGACAUCAGGGGAAAAUCUAAAGAAAUCAGCCAAGACCUCAAGAAAAAAUUGUAGACCUCAACAAGUCUGGUUCAUCCUUGGGAGCAAUUUCCAAAUGCCUGAAGGUACCACAUUAAUCGGUACAAACAAUAGUACGCAAGUAUAAACACCAUGCGACCACGCAGCCGUUAUACUGCUCAGGAAGGAGACGCGUUCUGUCUCCUAGAGAUGAACCUACUUUGGUGCGAAAAGUGCAAAUUAAUCCCGGAACAACAGCAAAAGACCUUGUACAGAUGCUGGAGGAAACAAGUACAAAAGUAUCUAUAUCCACAGUAAAACGAGUCCUAUAUCAACAGUCCUAUAUUGCCGCACAGCAAGGAAGAAGCCACUGCUCCAAAACCGCCAUAAAAAAGCCAGACAAUGGUUUGCAACUGCACAUGGGGUACAGAAGAUUGUACUUUUUGGAGAAAUGUCCUCUGAUCUGAUGAAACAAAAAUGGAACUCUUUGGCCAUAAUGACCAUUGUUAUGGUUGGAGGAAAAAGGGGGACGCUUGCAAGCUGAAGAACACCCUCCCAACCGUGAAGCACGGGGGUGGCAGCAUCAUAUUGUGGGUGUGUUUUGCUGCAGGAGAGACUGGUGCACAUCACAAAAUAGAUGGCAUCAUGAGGGAAGAGAAUUAUGUGGAUAUAUUGAAGAAACAUCUCAAGUCAUCAGUCAGGAAGUUAAAGCUUGGUCACAAAUGGAUCUUCCAAAUGGACAAUGACCCCAAUCAUACUUCCAAAGUUGUGGCAAAAUGGCUUAAGGACAUCAAAGUCAAGGUAUUGGAGUGGCCAUCACAAAGCCCUGACCUCAAUCUCAUAUUUGUGGGCAGAACUGAAAAAGCGUGUGCGAGCAAGGAGGCCUACAAACCUGACUCAGUUACACCAGCUCUGUCAGGAGGAAUGGACCAAAAUUCACCCAACUUAUUUGUGGGAAGCUUGUGGAAGGCUACCCGAAAUGUUUGACGCACGUUAAACAAUUUAAAGGCAAUGCUACCAAAUACUAAUUGAGUGUAUUGUGAUGAAAGAAACAAAAGCUGAAAUAAAUCAUUCUCUCUACUAUUAUUCUGACAUUUCACAUUCUUAAAAUAAAGUGGUUAUCCUAACUGACCCUAAAACAGGACAUUUUUACUUGGAUUAAAUGUCAGGAAUUGUGAAAAACUGAGUUUAAAUAUAAUUGGCUAAGGUGUAUGUAAACUUCCGACUUCAACUGAAUAUUGUUUGGGCCAAGUGCAUGUUAAUCCACAUAAUGUCGGUGCUCAUCUCAGUUGCCCAUGUCAACUGUUCCACCAAAUACCCAAAGCCCUUAUUUGGCCUCUGACUCCCUGAAAUUCAACACAUGCUUUACAUGUCUGGCCAUUGUAUGUAGAGGUUUGAGCCGCCAACAUUUAUAUAAAACAUACCCCUUAUUCAGAACUUUCAACCACCCUUAAUAUGGCUAUUGGUGAUAUGAAGGAAGCAUAAAUCAUUCAAUAUUGUUAAUACAUUAUUUUGUACACAGCACAUGUUCAUAGUAAUCUGUGCUUUGUUUGUCUUCUUUAUGGCACGCAGGGAACAAAAGUGAAUUAUCUCUUGAAGCCCAUCUCUGAGUCAGUCAGUCACAUGCGAGUCUGAGAGAGACUGAUGAGGGGAGGAUAAUAGUAAUAAUAAUAAUAAUGUCUGGUAUGGAGUGAUUGGUAUCAAACACAUGGAAACCAUGUGUUUGAUACCAUUCCAUUCUUCCCUUUCCAGCCAUUACAAUGAGCCUGUCCUCCCUACUUAUGCUUCCACCAGCCACCUGUGGUCUUGGGGCUUUGUGAAGGUCUGGCUUGGAUUGUCAGAGCGGCCUCUGAAGAUAAACCUUCUCACGCUAUCAUCUGAUUAAUUGGUCUAACUCAGUCACCAUACAUUGCCCAGGUUCCUGAAUGUAGGCCUGCGGUGCGUCAAUAUAUCACCAUUUGAUAUGAGAUAACUUAUUGACAUCAAUAAGUUAUCUCUCAAGUGUUACUGCCGCCAUUAUAUGUUGAUAGAGUACCAGUACAGUGAUUAUCUUAACUGUCUGGACUCUCCAUACUCUCUGUGUUGGCAGCAUUGGCAUCCAGUGUCACUGGGGAAGUGGAGCUCCAUGCAAAUGACCUGUGCUGAAUAGGCAGUGCCUCAGUUUGCCUCUUGUUUCUGGACACAAACAAGAGUUUUGUUCUUUUGAGUGUGUUUUCUAGAUGGAUGGGAUGGAUGGGAUGGAUGGGAUGGAUGGGAUGGAUGGGAUGGCUGGAUGGAACAAGGAUGUGCAUGUGCAGCCGGAAACAGCAAAUGAAAAGAAUGGUUAACAGAGAAAGGGGCUGGUGAAAAUGGGUUGGGAGAGGGAGCGAUCGUGUGGGGAUACUGUUCAGGAGGUACAACCGUAGGAUUAACCCAUCAGUUCUGUGUGGCGGAGAGCAAAUGGUGUGAAUCACAAAUGUUUGAUUUGUGUUGCUGUCUUUUCCUCAACCGGGAUGAUGUGUUCUCUAAUAGUCAAUAUUCAAUAAGAUAAAUAAAGGUUAAAUAAAUUAAAAAUAUUCACAUUUUUUAAGAUCAAUUAAGAUUAAGAUCAGUUCAAAAAGUAAGAAGAAACCCAUAGCCUAGUCAUCUUUGAACCAAUGCAUGUGUUGGUUAAUUCCCUUGAUCAUUGUGGAUGGUCAACUUUUCUAUGGAUUCUCAUAUGGACUCAGGAAAGUCAGUGAGCAAGACUUGGGUUUGUUUAUGUAGCCACAGCUUCAAAUUAGCAUUAUAGGAGCUAACAAGUUCAUGUCAUUUGCUAGAUGGGUUUCUCAACUCAGUCGAUACGUUUUAUUAAAAAGUCUGAGACUCCAGCAAACAAAGAAAGGUGCGCAGCUACAGAGGACAAACAUAGGUACACGGUAAGGGUUUAAGAAUUUACAUAGACUCAAUGUCGUUGGAGGUACACCCACAGUCAUCAACUCCACAAUCUACAUCACAUCUAUGGAGUUGAGAACAAUUUGUCUUGUCAUGUCCUAGUGAAGUACUAAUUUGGGUGAAUGUUGACUUUAAAAUUGAAAAGUUGGUAUUUUAGCAUUGACAAUAUGACUGAUAUAACAAAUUAGUUAGCCAAGAAAAAUAAAAUAAACAUGAAAUUCACUUGGGCCAGCAAGUAUUUAAUAAAAUUCAGAUAUGAAGAUAUUACCAGAUAAUUUAAACAACAAAAUAUUGUUUCAUUUCUAUUUAAAUCCAAUACAUUUUUUUAAAAAAUCAAUGGUGUCAACAUUGCUAUUUUUAUACAUGACUAUGAGUCAAAAUCAAUAUUUACAUGGGUAUUAUUGUUGAGUUUUAUGGUAUAUUUGACAUGUGAUAUAUGUAUAUCUACAGCUUUUAAACAGACAAGUGUCUGUCUAUAUUUGUAAAGAUUAUGGGUGAAUUGGUAUAAAGACAAACAAUAUUAAUGAAUAAUUACAUUACUAGGGUAUAUUUUGACCGUUGUACAUAAAGAGCUUUCACACUUACAGCUAUUGAAAACAAAUCUCGUAAAUUAUGUUUUUUUUAUUAUGUGAAAAGUGUAAAUGGUUGCUGUGUGAUAAACUGGACAUUUCGAAUCCAGAUCUUAAUGUAAAGUGGCGCUACAUAACUGUGAAAAGGGCCAUGCUACUUUAUUAAUUUAGUGGGCGCUCCCACUCCUUUAUGUGAAAAGCAUUACAGCCGGGCACCAGAGCAGAAGUAAGAUGUGUUUUGUUAGUUGUCUGAAACCCUGGGGACCGGAACCACAUAAGCUCUCCGUACUAUACCCUGGAUUGAGAAAAAUAAAUCCAUUUGUGUCUGACAAACAUUUUGUCAUUAAAAAAUGA